CGGGAGCAGCUCCUGCUCAGCGGGGCGGGGGCGGGAGAUCCCGGCCACAUCCACGUCCCGGCCGCUCGGCGCGGCUCAGCCCGGCGACCGCCGCCGCUCACGCUCCAUGCGUUGCACCGCGACGGGCGGCCCAGUGGUGUCGGCGGCGGGGAAGUCACCGGCACGGCUCGUCUCCAGCACUUGUUGCCGCCACUGCCACCGCGCCUCUCACUCCCGGCUCCGGCUCCAGGCGCCGCCACCGCCUCUGGGCGCCCCGUCCGGCCCCGCCUUCGCCCCGCCCCACGCGCCAAUCAGGCCCGGCACCGCCCCUCACGUCACCGCCCAGCCCGGCCCGCCGCCCCGCGCCCCAAGUUUGGGGAAGGCGGUGCGCCAAUCUGUCUGCGAGUUGGCGCCCGAGAUUCGCCCAGUCUCGUGCUUCUCCUCACUUCCGGGGACCAUCUGGGACCCCCAGAGAAUUUCCUCGAGGUUCCACGCGAGUCUUGAAAGCCAGAAAUAAGGUGUCCAGACGCUGCGCCUCCAACUCGCACCGCGGCCCAGAGGGGCUGGGCGGACGCCUGGGAACUGCCUAAAUGGCUGAACUCUGACGCUCACACCUUCGGCUCCCCGCUGCGGGGUGAGGAUUUGGGGCUGACGACACACACCGGCCGAAACACCUGGAACCAUAGACGCAUCCUCCCAGCCCAGCGCCCCCGCUGGCUCGCCAGAGCACUGCAUUUUAAGGCGAGUCCCAGCCGCUGUGAAAACAACUUUGGGGAGCCCCAGGUAAGCCCUGCGCGACCGCGUGGGGAGGUUGCCCAGGUCUGGAAGGCCCUGCGCAGCCAGCUCACCCCGCGCGUACUCGCCGGGAGGCAAACCUGGCGGCAGGCACACUUGAGAGCACCUCCCUCUCUUGGUCCUUAUCUCUUCAGGAAGAAAAAGGUCUCCUUUACAUAGCCAGACUGAACAAUUAAGGACACGACACCCUCAAAUAUUUGCAUUUUUCGGAAGGCUUUCUGAGGUGGAAUUAGCCGAAGGGGAAGGAAUUUCAAAUGUAGGAAUUCAGGCACCUGUGAGCUCAGCCCACUUGACUGUGGACCCUAACUCUUCUCCAAGCUCGGAAUAGAACACUUUGCUGCUGGAUGCACGGAGCCACGUGGGUGCACUCUUCUAGAAACAGGAAUUCAGAGCCAGAUCUGGGAAAGUUUUUAUUUUCAGCCUUCAGACCUUUUUGCUUUUAUGUUGAUCACAUGGUUCUCUUAAGACUGAGACAUAAAAGUCCAAGAAACAAGUUGGAUUUUUGUAUAUUCAUAGAAAAACAAGAAGGAUGCACACCGACUGCUAACCACGGUUACCCCAAGUGUGGGAUUGGAGUGUGGGAAGCGGAGAGAUGAAUUUUAUACCCUUACUGACUUUGAAUUUUGUAUUUUUCCAGUGGUAUUAACUCUCUUAAUUUAGAAAGCUAAUAAAACAUUUUUAAAGAAA